GUCGCCUAUCCCUCACCCUUCCUUUACCCUUGCUUUCUUUUUACUUUAUUUUUUUUCUUCUUUUCUCUUUUCCCCAUCCCUCCUUCAACGCAAAGUCGUAUCCCAAAGCCACCUCUACCACAAGCUGCCACCAACCGUUAAUACUGAUUGAUAACCCACCAAGACUACUCCACUCGCAACGACCAUGCUCUUCAACGUUACUCUCAAGAAGGAUGCUCCGCCAGAGGAGCUGGAAAAGGCCAAGGAAGAAGCCAGAAAAUCCGGCGGGACCAUUAAGCACGAGUACACCUUGAUCAAAGGAUUCACCGUUGAAUACCCAGAUGAUCACAUCCAGGUCCUCGAGACCACAGAGCACCUCCAUGUCGAACAAGAUGGCGAUGUCCGCACGCAAUAGGCAGCGCCUUCCCCCCACUUUCUCUUCUGUCUGCCUGCUUGCCCAAAGUGGCAACCUCGGAAUUGAACGUGGAGACAAUGACCGGGUGUCACUCUUCGUAGUUUACUUAGCUGCGUGGGAGAACAGGAAAAAAAGAAAAGACAAAACGCAAAAUCUUUAUAUGAUCUCCUCGGCAUCAUCUUGUGGGUUGGGUAUUGAGGGGGUGGACUCGGUAUGAAAGGGAGGGCGAUUUUUGGAUACGAGUUUUGGAUUAAAUGACCAAGGAGCCAGGAAAGGAAGAAAAAAAAGAAUGAAAGAAAAAAACCAGGAAGGAAGAUGGAAGUGAGAGAGAGAGAGAGAGAGUUGCAUUUAGGGGAUGUGGAAGAUUGGUUUAUAGUUUGUGGGUAUGAGAGAUUAUAUGAAUUGCAAUGGAAGACAG